GUUUCUUUCCGCCAAUUCACCACCCAGAAACGCAAACAUGGCUGCUGUCCAGGGAGCUAUUUCGAAGCGCCGCAAGUUCGUCGCCGACGGUGUCUUCUAUGCCGAGUUGAACGAGUUCUUCCAGCGCGAGCUGGCUGAGGAGGGAUACUCCGGUGUCGAAGUCCGUGUCACUCCCACCGUCACCGAUAUCAUCAUCCGUGCCACCCACACCCAGGAGGUCCUCGGUGAGCAGGGUCGCCGCAUCCGCGAGCUUACCUCCCUCAUCCAGAAGCGCUUCAAGUUCCCCGAGAACUCCGUCUCCCUCUAUGCCGCCAAGGUCCAGAACCGCGGUCUCUCCGCUGUCGCUCAGUGCGAGUCUCUCCGCUACAAGCUCCUCAACGGUCUUGCCGUCCGCCGUGCCUGCUACGGUGUCCUCAGAUUCAUCAUGGAGAGCGGUGCCAAGGGUUGCGAGGUCGUCGUUUCCGGAAAGCUCCGUGCUGCCCGUGCCAAGUCCAUGAAGUUCACUGACGGUUUCAUGAUCCACUCCGGUCAGCCCGCCAAGGAGUUCAUCGACAGCGCCACCCGCCACGUCCUCCUCCGCCAGGGUGUCCUCGGUAUCAAGGUCAAGAUCAUGCGCGGUUCCGACCCCGAGGGCAAGGCCGGCCCCCAGAAGACCCUCCCCGAUUCCGUCACCAUCAUUGAGCCCAAGGAGGAGCAGCCCAUCCUCCAGCCCGUCAGCCAGGACUACGGUGCCAAGGCCCUUGCCGCCCAGCAGGCCGCUGAGCAGCAGCGUCUUGCCGAGCAGCAGGCCGCCGAGGGUCAGGAGGGUGCCGCCGCCCCUGCUGAGUUCUCCCAGGAGUAAAGAAAAAAAAAGAAAUGCAUUUCCCUUUUUUUUAAUCUCUUGUUAGGCCCAGCUCAAAACUUUUUCUUCUCUUCUUCGUUAUCCUGUUCGACCUACCUAAAUCUCUCUUACCUGACGUCAAAUAAACAACUACAUGACUAUACCAUUCUUCCAUAAAAAGAAGCGUGUUUGUUUCCCUCCCUCUCCCCUUGCUGCAGACAUGUGGUGAGCGGGAGGCCGGGAGGGCGUCAGUCCUCUCUUAAAACAUACCCUCUCCUGUCCUUAAUUACCUCUCUCGAUACGACUUUCCCCCCGAGUUGAUAUGGCCUAGGUAGGAAAGACAGAAGAACAAGGAAAGAUAUAUGAACAAGUCAAAAGAAAUUCAUGUCCGCAACGAGUUCUAGC